CUGGCAGACACGUGGCAGCUGCAGCUCCUGCACUUCUGCCUCUUGCUGGGCAUCUCCCUGGCUGCCCUCCUGGGCAACGGCCUCAUCAUCAGCGCCGUAGCCUGCGGCCACCACCUGCACACGCCCAUGUUCUUCUUCCUGCUCAACCUGGCCCUCAGCCCCCUGGGCUCCAUCUGCACCACUGUCCCCAAAGCCAUGCACAAUUCCCUCUGGGACACCAGCACCAUCUCCUACACAGGAUGUGCUGCACAGCUCUUUUUCUUUCUGUUCUUCAUUGGAGCAGAGUAUUUCCUCCUGACCAUCAAGUGCUACGACCGCUUUGUGUCCAUCUGUAAACCCCUGCACUACGGGACCCUCCUGGGCAGCAGAGCUUGUGCCCACAUGGCAGCAGCUGCCUGGGCCAGUGCCUUUCUCAAUGCUCUGCUGCUCACGGCCACUACAUUUUCCCUGCCCCUGUGCCAGGGCAAUGCCCUGGGCCAGUUCUUCUGUGAAAUCCCACACAUCCUCAAGCUCUCCUGCUCCAAAUCCUACCUCAGGGAACAUUGGGAUCUUGUGGUUACUGCCACUUUAUCCUUGUGUUGUUUUGUGUUCAUUGUUUUCUCCUAUGUGCAGAUCUUCAGGGCUGUGCUGAGGAUCCCCUCUGAGCAGGGGCGGCACAAAGCCUUUUCCACCUGCCUCCCUCACCUGGCCGUGGUCUCUCUGUUCCUCAGCACUGCCAUGUUUGCUCACCUGAAGCCACCCUCAAUCUCUACCCUAUCCCAGGAUCUGUCAGUUCUGUACUCGGUGGUGCCUCCAGCCCUGAACCCCCUCAUCUACAGCCUGAGGAACCAGGAGCUCAAGGCUGCAGUGUGGAGACUGAUGACUGGAUGCAUUCAGGAACAUUAAACUUCUGGGCAAUUCGCCAAAUCACUUCAAAUAAAAGUAAUCUUUGAUUCUU